GAGCCUGGGGUCACCCUCUCUCUGAGGGACAGCUGGCAGGGGAGGGCUGCUUUGGGGACCCUAAUGACCAAGGUGACCAAGGGAACAAGAAGCCAGGCACUGACUGAUGAAAAAGAGCUGAUCUGGGGUUAGCGGGCUCAGAGCCCAGGUAGCCAGAGCUAGCCAGCGGAGCAGGGUCUCAGGCUCAGCUCCUUACGUAUGACAAGCCACUGGCAACCUCAUCGAUCCAUGUGCCUCUUGUGAGGGACACUUGGCCUGGCAAGUUUAUUUACUCCGAGCUCCUUCCUUUCAAUUGCGUUUGGUUUGUUUUUAACCCUGUGUGUAAUUAUGAAAAGUCUGGAGAUGACGGGUCCUUAGCAAGAGACUGGCUAGCUAGCUGUUUCCCAGACGAAGAGACACUUCCUACAGCAAGCCGGGUUCUGUGAAAAGCACAGGUCUCGGGUCCACCCUCUGGACUGUGCCUACACUGCCGAGAGUUCCGUCUUCUGCAGGGAGGACAGUCUGCUUCUCUUCCCCGCCGACCACCCUAGUCACUGGGACUGUGGAGGACAGCUGGGCCAUCCUUGCAGACAGCAGAAUCUGCCGAGGAGAAAACUUGACUCAUAAGGCCGUGGAUUUGGUGCUGACACAAAUGACGAACCAUCAGAUGGGGCCGGAACGUAAGGCUGGCGUUGACUUGCAAAGGGAUGACAGGGAUGGCAGUCCUCUGGGUGGAGACUCGACUGACGAGGAAGGGGUGGAAGCUGAAGGCGAUGUCCUGACAGACGAAGAACGUAGGUUUGUGAAACAGUUCCGCAGCUGGAAAAAGAAUGAAAACAGACGCAUUAGAACCCUCUAUGCCAUCGCAGACAGCAUUGACAAAAGCCACCAAAAAGCCACCAAGACCAAAGUGGUGACUAACUGUGCAUCAGCCGUCUCUGGAGCCAUGAGUCUCCUGGGUUUGGCCCUUGCUCCAGUAACUGCAGGCGGAAGCCUGGCGCUCACUGCUGUUGCGCAUGGCUUGGGGGCAGUUGCUGGGGUCACCAAUAUCGUGACCAGUGUGAGGGAAAACUCUCGAAACAAAAGAGCCCUAGCUCAGGCCAACAGAAUCCUGCCCAGCAGUGACCCAGAGCUCGAGGAGGUCAAAGGAGAGAAGACGGCCUAUGUCACGGCCGCUGGUGAGAUUGUCUACAAAUGUGGGAGCGCUUGGGCGAUCAUCAAAAACCACCUCCGAGCCCUCCAGCUAACCAAAACACACCCCCAUAUCACCUCAGCUGCCAAGAAACUGGUAACUGCUGGCCAAGUCUCAACCCAAAGCAGCAGGCAGAUACAAAAGGCCUUUGGGGGCACAGCUCUCGCAAUGACCAAAACAGGUCUCAUGAAGGGAGGUGCAGGUGCGGUCCUCUGCCUUGGCCAGGACAUAUAUGCUCUCUUUGAGGACUGGAAGGAACUGAAGGCUGGAUCACCAACAGAGCUUGCAGAAGAGUUAAGAAUGCGGGCUCAGGAGCAGGAGCAUGUGGUAUUAGAACACACCCGACGCUACAAAAUGCUGAAGAAGGUGAGGGCCAGAUUUUGGAAGGAGCUAGUAAGCAUAAACCAGGACCAGUGGAACCAUGUAAAACAGGCAUGGUUAAGGGAACCUUUGUGUGCAUGCGUGUGCGUGCGUGUGUGUGUGUGUGUGUGUGUGUGUGUGCUACGUUGGCAAGUUUUGAGGAUGCCUCUCAUUAUAGGCCAUAUGGUUGUUCCAGGGUCUGUGGUGUGAUAAAGACCAUGAUAAAAACAA